CAGCCAGAGAGCUAGCGAUGACGAAGGAGCAUAUUGCUACUGGUUGGAGGAAGUCCGGUUUACACCCUUUCAACCCCAAUGUUGUGUAUCGCUUACUCUCUACUCCCACCGAGACACCCACCCGUCCGCUUCUUCACUCCCAAUCCUCUGCAUCAAUCACCUCCGAGAAUGAUGAGCUCCUACGGAAUACACCAGCUAUCAAUGCCACACCAAUAAAGAAACGACUCAUAGAUGUAACUACCGAACUUGAAAGUGAACGGUCGGAACGUACAAUAGUAGAAAUGGAGAACAAGGAGCUGCAUGCUCUCCUCAAGCCUCCAAAGCGUCAGAAAUCAGGUGCUACUGUAGGGAACCUUGGGACACAUAAUUUCACAGGUGGGACGGUACUUGAGAGGCUCCGGGAGAUUGAGGUGGCAGCAGAACAGAGGAAAAAGGGGAAACAGAAGAACAAAGGGGGACCGGAAGGAAGGGAGGAUCGCACGGAAGGGGAUGCGCCGGAAACGAUUACAUCGGUGAUAGAACAAGCAGGAGGCAUGUUAGAGGUAUUGGAGGGUAGCCAGGGGCCAAGUACUGUCCGUCGCAUCAUUUUACGUGUGUAGGUAGCAUAUUGAAUGCAUGACAUGCGUUCUUGUGAUGUGUAU